AUGAUCAAUUUCCCACAGUUUUUCACCCUUCCUUCCGGAGAUAAAAUUCCAGUUAUCGGAUUUGGUUCAGGCACUAAAUGGCAGCUUAAAAAGAAGAGUGAAAAUGGCGGUGCGGAGAAUUCUAAAGAUGUUAUUGAUCAGGAUCUUGUCAAUAUGCUCAAACUGGCAGUGAAGCAUGGAUUUGUUCAUUUAGAUACAGCUGAAUGCUAUACUACCAGGCGUGAUGUUGGUGAAGCGUUAAAGCAAAUAAAUCUUCCCAGAGAUGAGCUAUGGAUUACAGACAAAUAUCACUGUACUGGAAAAGACGGUAUGGGAAAUUCGAGAGGUCCAUAUGGCUCAUUAAAGGAAGGUUUAAAACUUAUGGGAAUCGAUUAUGUUGAUCUUUUUCUUGUUCAUACAUGUUAUUUUAACGAGGCCUAUCCCAUAGAGAAGAUCUGGCCGGAAAUGGAAAGAUUGAAGGAUGAGGGGCUUGCACAUCAUAUAGGUGUGUCUAAUUUUGAUGUUACAACAUUGAGAAAGGUGCUAAAGCUGGCCAGGCACAAGCCAGAGGUUUGUCAGAUUGAAUUUCAUCCUUACCUACAAAACCAGUCAACUGGGAUUAUUAAUUUCUUGAAGAGCAACAAUAUUUUGGUGGAGGCUUAUGCGCCACUUGCUCCGCUAUCCAGAGCAAAGGAUGGCCCUUUAAAUGAAGUGCUUGAAAAGCUUUCCGAAAAGUAUGGAAGAUCAACAACACAGAUAUUGCUUAAAUGGGUUCACCAACAAGGAAUUGUCACGCUGACAACCACAUCUAAGGAGAGUCGUAUGGAUGAUAUCCUCGAUGUUUUUGACUUUACCCUAAGUCCGGAGGAUGCGAAACUUAUUUCAGAUACAGGUAAUUCGUAUUUCUUCAGGGCCUUCAAUAUUCCGCCCCUUCCAACUUAUGACGAAGAAUUGAAGAAGGAAAGAAACUUGUGUUGA